CCUCAUCAAAAUUGUUGAAUAGACACACAAAGCAAACAUUUCUUGAUUUCUUCUCUACCGACUUAAAUUAGUUUUGAUCAUUUUUAGUGCAGAAAUGGGUUGUGUAAAACUUGUGUUUUUUAUGCUAUAUACCUUUCUCUGUCAACUUGCUUUCUCGUCAUCCAUACCUCAUUUGUGCCCUGAAGAUCAAGCUCUUGCUCUUCUACAAUUCAAGAACAUGUUUACCAUUAAUCCUAACGCUUCUCAUUUUUGUCUCGACAUAACGGGCCAAGAGACUCAGUCAUAUCCAAGAACUCUUUUAUGGAACAAGAGCACAGAUUGUUGCUCAUGGGAUGGAGUUCAUUGUGACGAGACAACAGGACAAGUGAUUGAGCUUGAUCUGCGUUGCAACCAACUUCAAGGCAAGUUUCAUUCCAAUAGUAGCCUCUUUCAACUCUCCAAUCUCAAAAGUCUUGAUUUGUCUUAUAAUAAUUUCUAUGGAUCACUCAUUUCACCUAAAUUUGGUGAGUUUUCAAGUUUGAUGCAUCUUGAUUUGUCGCGUUCAAGUUUUACAGGUCUAAUCCCUUCUGAAAUAUCUCACCUUUCUAAAUUACACGUUCUUCAUAUCAGUGGUCUAAAUGAGCUUAGUCUUGGGCCUCACAAUUUUGAACUGCUCCUUAAGAAUUUGACCCAAUUAAGAGAGCUCAACCUUAACUUUCUGAACAUUUCUUCCCCCUUUCCUUCAAAUUUCUCUUUUCAUUUAACAACUCUACGGCUUCAAUCCACACAGUUACAUGGGGUAUUGCCCGAAAGAGUCUUCCACCUUUCUGACUUAGAAUCUCUCCAAUUAUCAUAUAAUCCCCAACUCACGGUUAGGUUUCCCAUGACCAAAUGGAAUAGCAGUGCAUCACUCAUGAGGUUAUUUCUCCCUGGUGUGAAUUUUACUGGUACGAUACCUGAAUCAUUUAGCCAUCUAACUUCAUUGCUUAUAUUGGACAUGAGUUCUUCCAAUCUUUUAGGGCCUAUUCUAUGGAAUCUCACCAACAUAGAGAAUUUGAACCUUGGUAAUAACCAUCUUAAAGGACCAAUUUCCCAAUUCUCGAGAUUUGGAAAUCUCAGGUACUUAUCACUUAGAAAUAACAACUUUGAUGGCCGACUUGAGUAUUUAUCCUUUAACAGAAGCUGGACGCAACUUGAAUACUUAGAUUUUUCGUCCAAUUCCCUAACUGGUCCAAUUCCAUCCAACGUAAGUGGACUGCAAAACCUGCAAUCACUCGACUUGUCAUCAAACUACCUGAAAGGGACUAUACCUUUCUGGAUAUUCUCCCUUCCAUCACUGGAAGUAGUUAUAUUAAAACAAAAUCAGCUGGAAGGUCCUAUUCCAAAGUCACUCCUAAACCAGCAGAAACUAAAAUUUCUUCUCCUUUCGCACAAUAAUAUCAGUGGGCAGAUUACUUCAACUAUCUGCAAUCUCAAAACAUUGAUAGUGAUAGAAUUGAGAAGUAAUAAUUUGGAGGGAACAAUCCCACAAUGUUUGGGUGAGAUGAGUACAGUUGAGAUUUUGGACUUAAGCAACAAUAGUCUUAGUGGGACAAUCAAUACAACUUUUAGUAUUGGAAACCGAUUCAACAUCAUUAAAUUGGAUGGCAAUAAGCUAGAGGGGAAAGUUCAACCAUCUCUGAUCAAUUGUAAAAAAUUGGAACUUCUUGAUUUAGGUAACAAUCAGUUGAAUGACACAUUUCCAAAAUGGUUGGGAGACCUACCUCAUUUACAUAUUUUAAAGUUGAGAUCAAAUAAUUUCUAUGGCCCUAUAAGGACUGACAACUUGUUCGCUCAAAUUCGAGUCAUAGAUCUCUCAUCCAAUGGAUUUAGUGGAGAUUUACCGGUGAGCUUGUUUCAGAAUUUUCAAGCCAUGAAAACAAUUGGUGAGAACAGUGGAACCUCAGAGUAUUUAGCAGAUACAUAUUCUGAUUAUUACACAAAUUCUUUGAUAGUGACAACAAAGGGACUGGAUCAUGAACUUCGUCGAAUUUUGACUACACAAAUAAUUAUCGAUCUAUCAAGGAACAGAUUUGAAGGUCAUAUUCCAAGCAUUAUUGGAGAUCUCAUUGGACUUCGUACGUUGAACUUAUCUCAUAAUGUCUUGGAAGGUCAUAUACCAGCUUCAUUCCAAAAUUUAUUUGUGCUUGAAUCAUUGGAUCUCUCAUCUAAUAAAAUCAGCGGAGAAAUUCCGCAGGAGCUUGCAUCCCUCACAUUUCUUGCAGUCUUAAAUCUCUCUCACAAUCAUCUUGUUGGAUGCAUCCCCAAAGGAAAACAAUUUGAUACGUUUGAGAACAGUUCAUACCAAGGAAAUGAUGGAUUACAUGGAUUGCCACCCUCAAGAGAUUGUGGCGGUGAUAAUAGGGUACCACAAGCGACAAUUCCAGUUGAUCUAGAUCAAGAAGAAAAAGAAGAUUCACCAACGCUCAGUUGGCAGGCGAUUCUCAUGGGUUACGGUUGUGGUCUAGUUAUUGGACUGUCCAUAAUAUACAUGAUGUUGUCAACUCAAUAUCCAGCAUGGUUUUCAAGGAUGGUUGUAGAAUUGGAACAAAGAAUUACUACAAGAAUGAAAAAGCACAAGAAAAUGUAUUAGUGUGUAGUGAC